AUGGGCAAUGCGGAGAGUGCCAAUUCCGCACUGCUUCCUGGAAGUCUCACAGCAAGCGAGAAAGCCGCAGUUAAGGAUACCUGGCAAAUCUUCCUUGCCAACAGCACCGAGAACAGCGUUGCCGUCUUCAUAGAGCUCUUCACCCAAUUCCCAAAGUACAAGGAACUCUUCAAGGAUUUCGCCAAUGUCCCUACGGAAGAACUCGCCAAGAGCACGAAACUCCAAGCGCAUGCUCUAGCCGUGGCUUACAUGAUCACUGCACAGAUUGAAAGCUUAGACAAUCCGGAACUCUCUGCGGCCCUCGUGCAAAAGAACGCCAGGAGUCACUUGAGACGAAAGGGUGUCACACCGGCACACUUUGAAAACCUAAAAAAGGUCAUACUCGAGUGUAUGCAAAAGCUUCUGGGUCCCAAGCUGACUCCUGACGCAGCUAGUGGAUGGAACAAGGUGCUGACAUCGCUGGUGAGAAUUACGACAGAGGUGUUUGAAGUGGACGCAAGAGAGAAACAGCUUUGA